CUUUUUUUGGGAAGAAGAAAAAAAAGAAAGAGAUCAGAUUUUUAUUUUUGUUCAGUUUGCUUUGGCUUUCACGAAGGCUGUCUCUUUCUCUGUCCGCAAAAUAUCAAAAGUCGCUUUAAUCUUUUUAUCUUUUCUAGAAAAAAAUUAUAAAGCAAAACAGAAGAGAUAAUAACACAGACGAGGAGAAAAGCAGACGUAUCUGUGUUUUGUUGUUUUGUUCAUCUCUGGUUCCAAGACUCAAACUUUGGAUUCUCUUCUCUGUUUUGUUCUUCUUAUUGUCUUUCCCUUUUGUAAUAGUAGUUUCUUAAAAUCGUGAAAAGAGAGAAAGGGUUAAAGAGAUUAGGAGAGGAGAGAUGUAUUAUCAGUUGACCAACUCUUCUUACAUGGACUCUCUCAAGAUUCUUGAGGCUGAUAUUGAGCACGCUAAUGGACUGGCUGCUGAGAUUCCAAUGGGAAAGAGCAGUGUGAGACUUCAGAUGAAACUGGUUUGCAGCAAUUUGGCUCCUUUCUUCAUUUUUCUCCUACAAUGGAUGGAUUUCUCAUGUCUCCUUCCAAGAUACUUUGAUUUCUUCCACAUACUCAUCUACAAGGUACGUGCUGAUGGGCGGUGGAAUCGAUCCAGGUACGGAAGGAAAGCUACUAUCAGAGAGUUUUACGGUGUUAUAUUACCAUCACUAGAGCGUCUUCAUAUCAACUUCUCUGACUUACCAAGCGACAACUUCUGGUAUCCGAAUCCAAAAGCCAUCACCAAGAAGACCUACGAAUUUGAAGGCAACAGAUUCAUUACUAACAACGUUGAAUCUGAGAGAGAAGAGGAAUGCGGAAUCUGCUUAGAGCCUUGCACCAAAAUGGUGUUACCAAACUGUUGUCACGCAAUGUGCAUCAAAUGUUACAGGAACUGGAACACAAAGUCUGAGUCAUGCCCGUUUUGUAGAGGGAACAUCAAGAGAGUUAACUCAGAGGAUCUUUGGGUGCUGACUUGCGAUGAAGAUGUGGUGGAUCCUGAGACUGUUACAAAAGAGGAUCUUCUUAGGUUUUAUCUACAUAUUAAUAGUCUUCCUAAAGAUUAUCCUGAAGCUGUCUUCUUAGGGUACAACGAGUACUUGAUAUGAUGAUUUUAAGGUGGGAAGACACAUCACGGGAGAGAGAGAUCACAGACCUUUAACUAAGUGUAUAUAAGAAUCUGGUGAUCCAAGAUUUUCCCUUCAUUUUAGGUUAUGAUUAAUAAGAAGAUUGUGUACCCUUUGUUAUGUGAUAUUAAAGAGAAAAUGUUUGUUUCGGUUUACUUAGUCUUUAAUUCUGGUCUUAUUUCUUGUUCAUAGCACAAACAUAUGUCUCAAGAUGAGAUUAAGA